AUCUAUCUCACUGUAUACAUACUAUAUAUAUAUUAUUGCCAAAAGGAUUGGGACACCCCUCCAAAUCAUUGGAUUCAGGUGUUCCAUCCACUUCCCAUGGCCACAGGUGCACAGACUUCUUCUACAAACAUUUGCAAAAGAAUUGGUCGCUCUCAGGAGCUCGGUGAAUUCAAGCGUGGUACCGUAAUAGGUUGCCACCUGUGCAAAAAGUCCAUCCAUGAAAUUUCCUUGCUACUAAAUAUUCCAUGCUCAACUGUUAGUGGUAUUAUAACAAAGUGGAAGCAACUGGGAACAAUAGCAACUCAGCCACGUAAUGGUAGGCCAUGUAAAAUGACAGAGUGGGUCACCAACUGUCUG